CAGCCAGUUGCAGAAGAAAUUCCACGCCUUUCUGGCCGCCAUCACGUUGCCUGAUGGUCUCAAAAGGCAGGGCAUUACCACCAUUUCAGCAAACACACAAUACAGGCCAAAAGAGAACUCCUCCUCACCAUCCAACCAAAGCAUACACUGCCUGCACGCACGUCUUCACGAUACUGCCACCCGAGUAUAGGACUACUAGAGCACUAGAGCCUUGUAGCCGACUUCGAGAUGGCAGACCAGCCGCGACGUGGGCGCAACCGCCCCGAUAGCAGCCAGAUGUGGGACGAAGCCGAUAGACGCAGCAACCACGCCAGACACGAUCGCGACAGCGCGUCCGGCCGACAUCGCAACGAGCGCGGAGGAGGCGACGACUACAGCAGCAGUCGCAGACACAACAACAACAACCAUGGCAACCGCUCCAGGUCACGCUCCCCACGCCGCGACCGCGACCGAGAUGCCGGACGCGACCACCGAAAUCGGGAUCGUGACUACGAUCGACGGGGGGGCCACAGAGUUGCGGAUGGCAGGCAUGAUGGGCGUUAUCGCGACGGCCGGGAUGACCGGGAACGGCACAGCAGACACAACCACUCGCCACCUCCUCGUCGUUCUCGCAGUCCACCACGGGGCGUCAAGGAAGCGAGCCGGAGCGAGCACAACUCCCCAUUGCCUUCGCGCCCUAAGUCGGACCGGGCCAGUGGGAAGAACUCUUCGUCCAACAGCACGCCUCUGUCGAUCAAAGUGGGCGGUCAUUCUGCGAAGAACGGUGCGGUUGCAGCCGACCACGACGCACGAGACUCGAUCGAUGACGAUCGAGAGCAGGAGAGGAGAUCAAGAGGGAACUCGGCAUACGCGGAGGAGAGGAGGUCUCGAUCACCUGGCCGGCAGCACGACCAUGAUGCCAUGGACGAAGAUCGAGAGCAGGUCGAAGGAGAGGACGAUGACGACGAGGUUGUCGAGGACGACGGCGGCAUGGACAUGGCUGCCAUGAUGGGAUUUGGCGGUUUCGGCACCACGAAGGGGAAGAAGGUCACUGGCAACAACGCGUACUAUGUGCGCAAGGAGAAGAAGACUGAAUACCGCCAGUACAUGAAUCGUGUCGGUGGUUUCAACAGACCACUCAGCCCGACCAGAGAUUAAGAAGCCAUACCGGCCGUUUCAGGGAUGGAUGUGUGGAAGAUGGCACAGCGGUCAAAGAAAGAUAUACCCACAACGGACUUACACGAACAUUAUCAUUGCCAACAGGAGCGCGCGAGUCAACUUCUAGCAAUUUGCCGAAGUCAAUCAAAUUUCAAAUCAAUCUGACCAUAUGCCCACGAGCUUCGAGGUGACAACAAAC